AUGUACUCAUCACCGAUGGACUUCUUUUCUAUGGGGAUGUUCAUCCUCGAUGAGAUACACUGGGGCCAGAAAAAGUACAACGACGUGAUUGGAGGCGCUGGAACGUAUGCUGCGGUAGCAGCUGGGUUGUUCCUGCCAAAAGACGAAAGAAACCGAGCAGGGUGUAUAGUUGAUAUGGGCAGCGACUUUCCACCAGACCAGCUCGAUCAAUUGAAGAAAUGGAAAGUAGGCUUUUAUUUUCGCACUAAUGACGACCGAUUGACCACGAGGGGCUGGAACAACUAUGGCGACAACGAAGCUAGAGACUUUAGGUACAUGACGCCCAAACUGCAGGUCGAUGCGAAGGAUCUGCUCGAAUAUCCUCCAGCUGCUAAUGCCAAGUGCAUACAUUUUAUUUGCUCACCGCCCCGUUUGUUAGAGUUUGUGCACGAAUUGAAGCCUCAGAAAGGCCAAUUGGUCCUGUGGGAGCCCGUGCCAACCGAGUGCAUACCUGAGCAAUGGCCCAAGUGCCGGCAGUGUUUUGAUAAAGUGGACAUUUUGUCUCCGAAUGCCAAGGAGGCAGCCUCGUUUUUAGGAAGAAGGGAACCCCAGAGUAAGAAGGAGAUCGAGCAAUUGGCCGGAGAGUAUUCAGCGUUCAAGGGCAUGCUGGUUAUAAGAGCGGGCCACCUCGGGUCUCUGGUCGUACAGAAUGGGCUCAAAAGAUGGUACGAACCCUACCACCUGGACCAGGAGAAAGUUGUUGAUCCCACAGGAGGAGGUAACAGCUUCCUGGGUGGACUGGGUAUUGGAUUAGUGCGUUAUCCCAAAGAGCAGGCUACGGCCAUGGCAUACGCCAAUGUCGCUGCGAGUUUCAUGAUCGAGCAAGUUGGGUUCCCUGAGUACGACCCCGAAACCGAUCGUUGGAAUGGAGACCUCGUUGCAAAUCGAGUGGCUAAAUAUCGAGCAAGAGCUUAUUUAGGUGUGUUAAACUAA